GAUGUGUUUCAUGAAACACCCCUUAUGAUAUACCUCUUUCAUUUUACGGUCGACUAUGCAGAGAUUGUUUUUAUGAUAGCAGAUGGAAUCACAGCGGUGGCUCUUUAUCUCUCAAUUCAGACUUAUAACAAGAAUGUGUUUAGAAAACAGAAAUAUGCCUUGGAAUCGGACCGGUAUCCCGCCGACUGUUUGGAGCUCCUCCGCUCUCCGAAGGAAAUGUUCUACAUCCCCCUCAAGGUUGCCAUGUUUUAUCUGUUAAACCCCUUCACCAUCCUGUCUUGUGUGGCAAAGUCAACUUGUGGGCUGAACAAUGCCAUUAUUGCUCUCUUCAUUUUCUGUACAUUAAAAGGUGAGUGUUCCCUUU